AUGAAUUCAUAUUUUCUAUUUCAUAAUUCAUCUGUAUGGUAUGCAACACUGCUGUGUGAAUUUGAGAAUAUUGAAACGUUUAUUAACUAUUUGAUUGCACAUCGAAAACUAUGUCCGAAAACUAUCACAUGUUAUACAUCUGGAUUGUGUCGUUUAAUUUCUUAUGUUCGUGCAAAAUUAUCGUUAAUUCUAGUUAAUUGUCAUUCAACUAAACGCUUAGAAAUUGACCUAAUUCUGAAUCAAAAUUAUUUACAAUUACAAGGUCUAUUCAAAGUUUUAUCUAAAGAAAACAAACCAAUUGUACAAAAGAGAACAGCACAAUAUAACAGUGAUAUAGUAAUAAGAUCAGUGAAACUAGGUCAACGCUUGUUUAAUGAUGAGAAAUAUAUGGAAUAUAUAAUCAAUCAGUCAAAUGAAUUGUCACUGGCUACGUCUGCUCGUUCUUCCUCGUCGUCAGCAUCAUCAUCCGGACAAAAUCGUACAGAAAUUGUUCAAAAAUCAUCGUAUCAUCGUUUAUCAGUAAAAUAUAUGAAAGUUCAAGCGUAUCUAUUCUCAUAUUUAUGUAUUAUGAAUUGUUGGAGGCUCAGUAGUUUAACACGAAUACACAUUUUUGAUAUAUUGACCGUUGAAUCUGUCCCAGGCUACAAACUAAUUAAUUGUGAUGAACAUAAACAUGGUUCAUGUGGACAACUUGUGAUUCCAAUAGUGAUUUUUAAAAUGUUAUUUAAUUUACUAGUUUAUCGAAUUGGUAAAAGUUUAAUGAAAAACAUUGUUCGUCAUCUAUAUGAGUAUUCAACCGCAAAUCAAACGAGACAAAAUGAGUUGAGAAAUACUUUUGAUUAUCAUAUGUUUGUAACUAAGUCAUGUCAAAACUACCGACCUGGUAAAGGUGUUGAAAUAAUUCGAUCAACGUUAAGAACGAUGAUAGAAAAUUUUGAUUUGUUUUCGAAUAGUGAAUCUUCGAAUAAUCAUGAUGAUUUCAAUAAAUCGAUUAGUUUGGAUACGUUAGCGUUUAUGGAUGAGAAAACAUUUUUACAAUUAUGUAGCAAAACCUAA